AUGGGGUUACCUGCCGUAUGGCACAUUCUUCAACCUUUUCUGAAGGCAAGAGCAUUAGGUAUGAGUAAAUUCAAUUACAAUUCAUAUGGUCGAGAUUUUAGAGAAUAUGAGGAAUUUAAAGUUCGUAUUAAUGGACUUGUUGCAAAGGCACAAAAAGUUGCUGAAGAAGGAUGGGUGAUGCAAGAUGGUACACCAUGCCCUGGAAAUAAUACCAGAGACCAUCCAGAAAUGAUCCAGGUUGGUUGA